UGUAUCAAAGUAUGCUUUAAAAUGUAAACUGUGGGCGCAUUUUCCUUGCAUUGUCCAGAAGGAACUUUCUCCUGCCUGAGCCUGGAUUAAUCAUGAGAGAGCUGGUCAACAUUCCACUGGUACAUAUCCUUACUUUGGUUGCCUUCAGCGGGACUGAGAAACUUCCAAAAGCUCCUGUCAUCACUACUCCUCUAGAAACAGUGGAUGCCUUAGUUGAAGAAGUGGCUACGUUCAUGUGUGCAGUGGAAUCCUAUCCCCAGCCUGAAAUUUCCUGGACCAGAAAUAAAAUUCUCAUUAAGCUCUUUGAUACCCGGUACAGCAUUCGAGAGAACGGACAGCUCCUCACCAUCCUGAGUGUGGAAGACAGUGACGAUGGCAUCUACUGCUGCACCGCCAACAACGGCGUGGGGGGCGCCGCCGAGAGCUGUGGGGCUCUGCAAGUGAAGAUGAAGCCGAAAAUAACUCGUCCUCCCAUAAACGUAAAAAUAAUAGAAGGAUUAAAGGCAGUUCUCCCGUGUACUACAAUGGGCAAUCCUAAACCAUCAGUGUCGUGGAUUAAGGGGGACAGUGCUCUCAGGGAAAAUUCCCGCAUCGCAGUUCUUGAAUCUGGGAGUUUAAGGAUUCAUAAUGUGCAAAAGGAAGAUGCAGGACAUUAUCGAUGUGUGGCAAAAAACAGCCUCGGGACGGCAUAUUCCAAAUUGGUGAAGCUGGAAGUUGAGGAAGAAAGUGAACCUGAACAAGAUACUAAAGUUUUUGCCAGAAUCCUGAGGGCUCCUGAAUCCCACAAUGUCACAUUUGGCUCCUUUGUGACCCUGCGCUGUACAGCAACAGGCAUCCCUGUGCCCACCAUCAGCUGGAUUGAAAACGGAAAUGCUGUUUCUUCUGGGUCCAUUCAAGAAAGUGUGAAAGAUCGAGUGAUUGACUCAAGACUGCAGCUGUUCAUUACUAAGCCAGGACUCUUCACAUGCAUAGCUACUAAUAAGCAUGGAGAGAAAUUCAGCACCGCAAAGGCUGCAGCCACCAUCAGCAUAGCAGAAUGGAGUAAGCUACAGAAAGACAACAAAGGCUACUGCGCCCAGUACAGAGGGGAGGUAUGUAAUGCUGUCCUGGCCAAAGACGCUCUUGUUUUCUUCAACAACUCCUACGCAGACCCUGAGGAGGCCCAAGAACUGCUGGUUCACACCGCCUGGAAUGAACUGAAGGCAGUGAGCCCAUUUUGCCGGCCGGCUGCUGAGGCUUUGCUGUGUAAUCACAUCUUCCAAGGCUGCAACCCUGGGGUAGUGCCCACGCCUACACCUAUUUGCAGAGAGUACUGCUUGGCAGUAAAGGAGCUUUUCUGUGCAAAAGAAUGGCUGGCAAUGGAAGAAAAGACUCACAGAGGACUCUACCGAUCUGGGAUGCACCUGCUCUCCGUGCCAGAAUGCAACAAGCUCCCCAGCAUGCACUGGGACCCCACAGCCUGCACCAGACUGCCAUAUUUAGAUUAUAAAAAAGAAAACUUAACAACAUUCCCACCCAUGACGUCCUCAAAGCCGAGUGUGGACAUUCCAGACUUGCCUUCCUCUUCUUCCUCCUCCUUCUCUGUCUCGCCUACGUACUCCAUGACUGUAAUAAUCUCCAUCAUGUCCAGCUCUGCUAUAUUUGUGCUUCUUACUGUAACUACUUUUUAUUGCUGCCGAAGACGAAAACAAUGGAAAAAUAAGAAAAGAGAAUCGGCAGCAGUAACCCUCACUACUCUUCCUUCUGAGCUCUUGCUAGACAGACUUCAUCCCAACCCCAUGUACCAGAGGAUGCCACUCCUUCUGAAUCCCAAAUUGCUCAGCCUGGAGUACCCGAGGAAUAACAUCGAAUACGUGAGAGAUAUUGGAGAGGGAGCAUUUGGAAGGGUCUUUCAAGCAAGGGCUCCGGGCUUACUUCCCUAUGAACCUUUCACCAUGGUGGCAGUGAAGAUGCUCAAAGAAGAAGCCUCAGCAGACAUGCAAGCUGACUUCCAAAGGGAGGCAGCCCUCAUGGCAGAAUUUGAUAACCCCAACAUUGUGAAACUCUUAGGCGUGUGCGCCGUCGGGAAGCCCAUGUGCCUGCUCUUCGAGUACAUGGCCUACGGCGACCUCAACGAGUUCCUCCGCAGCCGGUCCCCGCACGCGGCGCCGCGCAGCCCCGGGCCCCCGCCCGCCCCGGGCCGCCCCCCGCCGCCGCCGCCGCCGCCGCCGCUGUCGUGCGCGCAGCAGCUGGGCAUCGCGCGGCAGGUGGCGGCCGGCAUGGCCUACCUGGCCGAGCGCAAGUUCGUGCACCGCGACCUGGCCACGCGCAACUGCCUGGUGGGCGACGGCAUGGUGGUCAAGAUCGCCGACUUCGGCCUGUCCAGGAACAUCUACUCGGCCGACUACUACAAGGCCAACGAGAACGACGCCAUCCCCAUCCGCUGGAUGCCCCCCGAGUCCAUCUUCUACAACCGCUACACCACCGAGUCGGACGUGUGGGCCUACGGCGUGGUGCUCUGGGAGAUCUUCUCCUACGGCCUGCAGCCCUACUACGGCCUGGCGCACGAGGAGGUCAUCCGCUACGUGCGCGCCGGCCGCACCCUGGCCCGGCCCGCCCGCUGCCCGCUCGAGCUCUACAACCUCAUGCGCCUGUGCUGGAGCCCGCUGCCCGCCGACAGGCCCGGCUUCCCCGGCAUCCACCGCAUCCUGCAGCGCAUGUGCGACGGGGCCGACGCCGCGGACCGGGCCCGGGGGGCCGAGGCCGGGGCCGAGGGGGGCGCGGGGGCCGGGGGCGCCGAGGACGCCGAGGGGAGCGCCUGA